CAACACCUGAGACCAACCCUGACUUCUCCGCUACAAUGAAGUCCUGCAGUCCGUCCAGUACGGCUGCUCUUCGGGCUGCAGCUCGGCCGAAAAGCUACAUCAGUCCAAUUGCGUCCCGAAAUGUCUCCGACAUCUCAAUUACCAGGACCGGAAAGCCCAUCAUCAAGGUACAGGGUGGAAGAUCCUCUCUUGGAGGCCACACUGCGACUGUAUUUGGCGCCACCGGUUUCCUUGGACGAUACAUUGUGAACAGGCUUGCAAGGCAAGGAUGCACAGUUAUUAUCCCAUACCGGGAGGAAAUGGCGAAACGUCACCUGAAGGUUACCGGUGACUUAGGCCGCGUAAUUUUUAUGGAGUACGAUCUCCGAAACACAGAGUCCCUCGAGGAGAGCGUCAGGCAUUCCGAUAUUGUUUACAACUUGGUCGGCCGGUCAUACCCAACGAAGAACUUUGAUUUGGAGGACGUUCACGUCGAAGGCGCGGAGAGAAUCGCAGAUGCCGUUGCAAAAUACGAUGUUGACCGAUUUGUUCAUGUCUCGUCUUACAAUGCAGAUGCGAACUCCACAUCCGAAUUCUAUAGAACCAAGGCCCGAGGAGAGUCCGUUGUCCGUUCUAUCUUUCCCGAAACAACUAUUGUCAGGCCGGCCCCAAUGUUUGGAUUCGAAGAUCGUCUUCUCCACAAGCUUGCCGGUGUAACCAACCUUCUCACCUCAAAUAACAUGGAGGAGCGUUACAAGCCAGUUCACGUCAUUGAUGUCGGACAUGCUCUAGAGAAAAUGUUGAAUGACGACAGCACAGCUUCGCAGACCUAUGAGCUAUUUGGGCCAAAGGACUACUCGACUGCCGAGAUUGCGGAAUUGGUGGACAAGGAAAUUCACAAGCACCGGAGGCAUAUCAACUUGCCCAAGUCCAUACUGAAGCCAGCCGCGACACUCCUGAACAAAGCACUUUGGUGGCCCGUUCUGUCUGGUGACGAAAUAGAAAGGGAAUUCAUCGAUCAGCACAUCGACCCUACAGCAAAGACAUUCAAGGACCUGGACAUUGAGCCGGCUGAUCUCGCGAACUUAACAUUCCACUACCUCCAAUCGUACCGCAGUGCUGCCUUCUACGAUCUUCCGCCUUCCACAGAGCGUGAGAAGCGUGAGGAGAAAAAGUACUUGCACGUUCUUGACGAUCAGUAGAGGCAUUUGGUCUUGUCAUUCCCGUCGUAUGUAGACUUGAGAUUUGUAUAUAGAAUUAGUCGUGUUUAUAUCAACUGGAAUCACUCCUGA